AAACGAGCAUGGAUUAAUUAAUUUAUAUAAAAUAAAGUUUUCUUAAACCAGAUCGCUAAUUUACAAUGCGACAAAUUUUAAGCAUUGUUAUCCUCGUGUUUGUGGCCUUAAUCCUUGUAGAAUCGAAAUCUACAACUGGCCCUCGCGUGUUAGUUUUACUGGAUAAUGAAGAUGACAAAAAUUUAUACACAAAGUUUUUUGGAUCUUUGGAAGGACGCGAUUAUAUAAUUACUUAUAAAACGACGAAAGAUCCAAAUCCUUCUAUUGAAUUAUUUUCCUAUGGGGAACGUGUUUACGACCAUUUUAUCAAUUUUGCACAAAAAAAAGUUAAAACAGAUAGCAUAAAUCCCACCUCUCUCAUAAACUUUAUGAAUGAUGGAGGCAACUUACUAUUGGUAAUAUCUUCAGAAAUAACAGAAAAUAUCCGAAACUUCGCUCGAGAACUCGAUAUUGAAAUUGACGAACGAGAUACUUCUGUAAUAGAUCACUUUAAUUAUAAUAUUUCUGACGAUGGAAAGCAUACACUUUUAGUUUCAAGUAAUGUCGUUAAUAAUGAGGCCAUUUUGAGUAAAGAAGUUAUUGAAGGACCUCCUGUACUAUUUAGAGGCAUAGGGCAUAAAGUAGGACCAGUACCAUUAUUAACUAGAAUCCUGUGGGCUAAUGAUACUGCUUACUCAUAUGAGACUGGAGAUGAUCAGGUAGUGGAUCGAGAACCACUAGCAAUUGGUAAUAGUAUUGGUCUUAUAUCAGCACUACAAGCAAGAAAUAAUGCAAGAGUUACCUUGGUAGGAAGUUUGGAAUUUUUCAGUGAUCGAUUUUUUGACUCACCGGUUCAAAAACCCAAAUCAUCUGAAUCAUACUACAAAUCAGGCAAUGAGGCAUUUGUCAAUGAUUUGGCAAAAUGGACCUUUCAAGAAAAAGGAGUUCUCCGUGUUACUUCACGACUACACUAUAAAGACGAAGAAUAUGAACAAUUGGAGAUAUAUCGAAUAAAAGAUAAUUUCACUUAUACCAUAGACAUUUCUGAGUAUGUUAAUGAUCAAUGGCAAGCAUUUAAUGGUAAUGAUGUUCAAUUAGAAUUGAUCAUGCUUGAUCCAUACAUUCGAGUAAAUCUUACAGCACUUCCAACAACAAUAGAACAUCAGGAAAUUCAAGCUCGUAGAUACAAAGCACAUGUUCAACUGCCAGAUGUAUAUGGAGUAUUUACACUUAAAGUAAAUUAUAAGAGACCUGGAUAUACAUAUAUAGUUGAUACUACUACGAUAACUAUUAGACAUUUUAGACAUAAUGAAUAUCCUAGAUUUAUAUCAGCGGCAUAUCCAUAUUAUACUGGAGCGGCUUCUAUGGGAAUUGGGUUCUUAUUAUUUUGUUUCAUUUGGAUUUUCAAUAAGGAUGCUGGAAAGUCAACAGCAGAAAAAAAGAAACUCAAUUAAUAAAUUAUUUUGCUGUAAAAUAUUAAAAGUAUAUAUUAUAAUAAAUUUAAUAGAUACAUGAUCUUGAAUUAUUAAACUUUCAAUAUAAUAAAAUGAUAUCUUUCAUUGAACAAUUUAGUCACAAAUAUCUACUUCAAAACAAACACAAAAUUGAAUUACAUUUGUAAAAUAUGGGUAGAUUGAUCAUUAAAUAUCAGAUAUUAU